GAUCGAGCCGCGCUGCAGUUGCGGUCGGCUAAGCUAAGUAGCGUAGCAACAGUGUGGGCAUCCUCACCCGCCGCUCAACGGCUUGCACUCUUUCCCAGCACGCGGCCAUGCUUUUCAUACUCUCCUAGGCUCUUCUCUCAACUUGACUCACAGUACUGGCGACUGAGGUACAGGCUACCUGCUCACCUACAUAUGUGAAGCAUGGGUUUCGUGAAGGUGCCGGAUCACCGACCCCCCCUUCUCGGGAGCAAACCAGAUUCCACUGGUUCCGUCGCUUCGUUGUCACUGCCACGCACGACGCUCCUUUACAAAAUUCUUCUCUGCCUGGCGCUGCUGCUGCUUCCGCUCCUUGCAACCGCCGAACGGUCGCCCCACAAUUCGGAUGUCCUUGACGGACCGCUCACCUUCGACGUACCGUCGAUCAAUACAACCUGGGAAGUUGGAGGGCACGCAGAGAUCACUGUUUGCGUAAGACAUGGUUCGGACGCCCCUGCAUUACAGCGCGAUGCUGCCAAACAUAUUUCACCGGACGGAAUAAACAUGCUGCUGGUUCCAUAUCGUGCGAGAUCAAACAUCGUCUUGUCUACUGAGUCGGAUUUGGCUCUCAUAACCCAGGAACGUCGCGGAGAGGAUGUCAUUCUGCGUUAUCGAUGGCCUGUGCCUUUGUGUCUGCCGUCUGGGAAACAUACGCUCUCAGUGUGGUCACCAGCAAUGGGCCUCCGCUGGCCGUCGCCUCUGACUAUUCCUAUCCUCGUGGUGGUCCCUGACUACCGUGCGCGCGUGACAUGCUCCUCGGGACUACAAUUCCACCUACGUACUCCAGGGCGAUCUCACCAACAUCAGGUGCAGCCGAAAGCCAACCGAUCGCCUUUGUCUGCGCGCGACGCGAACGCUCCGGAUGGAGAGCCCGACGCCACCACUGUGACAGAUGGUGAGACUCCGAUCACCAUGUCGCCGUCGAGCCUCCCUGCCACCGUCGUCGUAGAGCCCAGGGAUCUCUAUGACUCCGACGACUACACGAGCGGCGGUUACUCCGACAGCUACACGAGCGGCGGGGGGUAUUCCGCGACCUACACAUCCUCGGGGUAUUACACCACUCCCACCGCCACUUCAUAUUCGGCGUCGGGGACGUAUACCCCUUCGGGCAACGGUAUGAGCUCGGUCUCCGGGAACAGCUCCAGUGUCUCUGUCGUCACGACCACCGCCACGCGAACAUCCGUUCGGACCGUAACUUCGGUGUCGACGGAUAUCGAGACCAUGCUGACGACCGUCACUGGACCAGACUCAACGGGGGUGUUCACCACGACUCAGACGUUGCUAUCGACGAUCGUAGUAGCGACCGCGUCGACUGGCGACUUCCUCCCUGUCAAUGGAGCAUCUCGUCCUGCUAUGUUACCUUUGACCGGCCUUGUGGCUGUCUGCGCAUCCACCGUACUAUGGUUGCUUUGUUCUGCCGAUUGCUGUGUCGUGUAAUGUUGGAUGUUGUUAGUCGCCGUUGUCGAUAUGAUGGACAGUGCUUCGGGCCGUGUGGUAUACAUAUACAGUCUCUUGGGUGCUUGAUAAUGUCUAGGUGGCAGUAUGACCUAAUGGAUUUUCGCGAUGUGUCGGUGUACUUACCUAUCAUGAUAACCCGUAUCACGG